GAAGUAGUUAUGGAGAAUUCACUGUUCCAACUAACUUAGUUCGAGAUUUAAUGUUGUGAGCGAUCAAGUUCGCGCGCGCCCUUUGCGAAACAAGAUCUCAACAUGACACCUGCCGACAUGACACCAACAUGACAGUCUAACGAAUUGUCACUGAAAGGCCUAAAGUUUAGUGCGAGAUAGUUAACCACAUUUAAUUGUUUGAUCCUAAUCAUCUUAGUCUAUACCUAAUUCUACGUUUAUCCAAGAUUACAACUUACAACUAGGGACAGGUGUUGUUAACCUAAAAGUGAAAACCACUGAACUCAAUUUUGCUGAAGGAAGCUAGCUAUACUAGCAAUAUUAGCCGCCCGUUGAGGUAUGAGAUAAUGAAUUCAAUCAUAUUAAUGUACAUGCAACUAUAGAUAUCAUUAUAUCUAGAAAGCAGCCAGAUUAUCCUUUCAACGACCAGCGCUACUGCUCGUCCACUUAAAAGGCAUUAAAUGUAAGUCGCCAUCUUGUUUCAUUGAAUUAUGAUUAACAUGAUAUAUUCGGCAGGAUUUUUAUAACUCGCCGACACACCGUAUACCAAUAAACGAGUUUAUAAAACCAGAACCGUCUUUAGUGGAAUAGUAGCGCCACAUCUUAUAAAAAUCAUUUAUCAUUUCAACCAUGUCAGGCAAGGAUAAACGUUCCGGAUCCAAGAGAGCCGGCUGCAAUGCUCCGCUAACCUCCAAUAUAGUCGUUACGUCAUCGCCAAGUGCAACAGCCGCAGCGAUGACUGCGAUCUACACGACAGCGACCUCAGCCACAGCUAAUUUGCCUACGCUCCGUACAAUGUUGGCGGCCGUACCCAUCGCCGGAACAACACAUAUAUACCAGUCCUCAGAUCUUCAUCGUUCCGCACAAAUUACUGGAACUAUCUCGAAAAAUUCUGCAGCAGAGAGUCAAAUCAACACAACGCCACCUGGUCGAAGCUGUAAAGUCUGCCGAGGAGAAGAUAAUAAUGAAAUGGUACAAUGUGACUCUUGUGAUAAAUGGUACCACUACAGAUGCGUAGGAGUCGGAAGGGAGGUUGAAAAUGAGCACGUAAAAUGGAGCUGCGCAAAAUGCAAUAUCGCAAUGGCACUCCUCGUAUCAAACCCAACUACCUACCAGCUCAGCACUGAAACCGGUACACAGCCACAGAAGCUACUGAUUCCUUCAGCUACGCAAGCGCAAUCGAGGGCUCCGAUAAUUACGGUUACUACAGCCACUCCCAAAGAGGACGGAACGUAUGUAUCAAAUAAGUCAGUAGAUGCGCGCCCUAGAGGAUCAGCUAACAGUUCACAAGCUUCCACUUCUUCACGAAAGUCCAACAGGAAACUUAUAGCACUGCAACUAAAGCAACUGGAAGAACAGAAAUUAAUUGAAACUGAGUUUCUCAAUAAAAAAUAUCACCUAAUGGCGGAGAUUAUUGAUGAAGAGGGAUCUGUAUGCAGUGGAGACGAUAUUGCCGAUAAGGUGUCCGAUUGGUUACACAGGACCAAUCUAGAACGUACCGGACAAUCAAUCCAGUCUGAACGACGUAAUGCAACCACACCGAUAGCGAGUGUCAAUGAUGUACCACGUGAUUCUCCUCGUAAAGAGUUCGAUUUCGAGUCUCCCAAUGUAUGUCUUCUAACUAGGAGCCAACUCGCCGCACGACAAGCUGUCUCAAAGGAUUUGCCAAGUUUCGACGGCAAUCCAGAAGACUGGCCAGUAUUCGUUUCAUCAUUUAAUCGAACUACAGAAAUGUGUGGUUUUACCAACGAGGAAAAUAUACUACGUUUACAGAAAAGCCUAAAAGGGAGGGCAUAUGAAGCUGUUCGAAGUCAAUUGCUGCAUUCCUCAAACGUGAUGGAUGUCAUUUCUACGCUUAAAAUGAUCUGUGGUCAACCGGAGGCGAUAAUUUACUCCAUCAUUGGAAAGGUUACAGCGAUACCGCCGGUAAAAGCUGAAAGACUGGACACCCUUGUUGAUUUUGCGCUUGCUGUUAGAAAUUUGACUACCACAAUUACAGCAUGUAAUAUGGAAGAGUAUUUGUAUAAUAUCACCCUGCUGCAUCAGCUCGUGGACAAAUUACCCACACUGUUGAAACUCGAGUGGGGAACGCAUCUUCAAACCAUACGGCACGCAAACCUAGCAGUGUUCAAUUCAUGGCUAUACUCGAAGGCAGAAGGUGCAAGCAGAGUGAUGGCAUUUCGGAUGUCGGAUUACAGGUUGACAACAGGUGUCCACAAAAGAGGAGCCAUUCUAAACGCGCACCAGGAAGAUGAUUCAAGCGAGCAAAGUGAAGAGGAUUGGCUAUCCCGAAAAACCGUGCUUCCACACCAAGAAGUACGAGAGCCGCGGAGCUGCCCCGUCUGUAAAGGUGCUUGUACCGAGCUGAGUAAAUGUAAAAGGUUCCUGGAGCUAACGUACGAUUCAAAGUGGGCCACUAUCAAGGAGUUUGGAUACUGCCGACGAUGCCUCCGACGCCACAGGGGAGGAUGUAGAUCGACGAAACAAGAAAGCACCGCUCACCAACCACAAUAA